CACACACAUACUCAACUACUAUUCCAUAGCACCAGCACUCUCGCACCGGUACACUAUCGACCAGGACUGCUAGCCGUCAGAACGUUGUGUGUCUUUGGCCGAAUAAUGUGGGACUACAUGUUCCUCUCGCCUGCCAGGUAAACGGAGCAUUCCGCUGUUGGAGAGAUCCAGGAGAGGGGAGAUAUAGCCUGGAGAUUGGUUUGGUGGUGACCAUGGCAGUUGGAGUCAGACAGUGUACACACACAACACAGCACUUAAGUUUGACGGCCACAGUGCAUGGCCUUAUAUGCUGAAGCACCCAGAAGCAGCCAAAUCGGAUUGUGGGUUGGUGACCUCUAUCGCAGUAGCACUUUCUGGCACUCAGCACUUGGCAGUACUGCAGGUCCAGUUGGAAGGUUGUUGGACAUUGUUGGUGCACAAGGAAUUACUGGAAGCAGCCAGCUAGACACCUGACCUGACGGGGACAGUAGGACAUUGUUGAUACAAACAGAUCUGAAGCUUGAUAGCUGUUUCAGCUUGUCUUUAUGCAACAUUGGUGUGGGGUUGAAGUUUGGAGUGCGCCGAGCUGACCUGAAACAUCCACUAGGACAUUGACCUCUGACCUCUACCAUCCAAAAGAAGACUGUGGGUUGGUGCACAUAGCCUUGAGCUCUUCCAACGUAUUAAAGAAACGAUACUGUAUCGAUUCCUAAAGGACAUUUGAGGACAUUUCAAGAGCAGCCGUCAUGGUGCGUAACGUGGAUGACCUGGACUUCUGCCUGUCCUCGCACCCCCAGACCAUGCUGGAGGGCCUGCGCUCGCUCUGCUCGCAGCCCAAGAUGGUGGACGUGACCCUGGUGGCGGGCGGGCGCGACUUCCCCUGCCACCGAGCCGUCCUGGCCCUCUGCAGCCUCUACUUCCGCUCCAUGUUCGCCGGAGACUUCGUGGAGAGCAUAGCGGCCCGUGUGGAGCUCCGGGACGUGGAUCCAGACAUCCUCGCUGUGCUCCUGGACUUCGCCUACACAGGUAAGCUGACGAUCAACCAGGCGAACGUGGAGGGGUUGAUCCAGAUUUCCAGUCUUCUGCAGUUCCAGACGGUGAGGACGGUCUGCAGCCGAUACCUACAGCACCAGAUGGACGCCACCAACUGCCUCGGCAUACUGGAGUUCGCAGAGAUACACGGCUGCCCAGAGGUGGUGGCGAAGGCCUGGGCGUUCCUGCUGGAGAAUUUUGAGGCAGUGCAGCGUGGAGAAGAGUUCCUGACGAUGGAGCUCUCCAAGCUGGCUACAUGCCUCAAGGAUGAGGGGCUGCAGGUCCGAGACGAGAGGUCAUGCGUCCAGGCUGUGCUAACCUGGGUUGGCCAUGAUGUGGAGACGAGGCUGCCUCACCUGCCGGAGCUGAUGGGUCUGGCCAGGCUCACACUGCUGCCGGAGGACUUCUUCACUGAGACACUCCUGAAGGAUGCUCUGGUGCUCAGCUGUCCACCCUGCAAGGACAUCAUAGAUGCAGCUUACAAAGAGAUCCUGGAUACACGGCCGGGUGCCACCGAGGAGCGCCUCUCCCGCCUCCCCCUGCACAACCUGCAGGAGGUGCUGUUUGUAGUAGGGGGUCGCUCACUGGACGACACGGACGAUGAGGAUGAGGAGGACGAAGACCACACCCCCAUCCUGCGCCCCCACAACUGUGCCUACUACGACAUGAAGCACGGCAAAUGGAAUCAGCUUCCAGACUUCCCGAACUACAACAAAUGGGGUUACUCCGUGGCCUCUCUAAACAAUGAGGUGUACGUCACAGGAGGCUCGCGAGGCUCCCAGUCCAACACCUGGUCGACCACGGAGACGUGGAAGUACAUGACUCGCGAGGGGAAGUGGGUUACCGUAGCGCCCAUGCUGCGGCCCCGGACCAACCACACCUCAGCUGCACUCAAUGGAGAGAUCUACGUCCUCGGAGGCACCACUAUGGACGUGGUAGAGGUGGAACACUAUGACCCGUACAGUAACAGCUGGGCCCUCAUCUCUCCUGCGCUGCGCUACGUCACUAACUUCACGGCCACCGGGUGUCUGGGGAAGCUCUACAUCAUCGGCUCCUGUGCCGUCAAGUACAACGCCCUGGCAUUGCAGUGCUACAACCCCGUCAUAGAUGGCUGGAGCAUCAUCUGUUCCCCCUUCAUCCCUAAGUACCUCUCAGCUCCACGCUCCGUUUCUGUGGAUGGAGUCAUAUACCUCAUCGCUGACAACACUAAGAAGGUCUACCUCUACGACCCAGAGGCCAACAUGUGGCAGAAGGUGCAGUUCCUCCACACGCUGCAUGAGAACGGUGGUCUGGUGGUGGUGGGGGGCCAGCUGUGUGUGACGGGGGGCCACUGGAAGGGCAUGGAGGGGGACUACGGGGUGGAGGUGGAGGUGUACAACCGGGCCAACAACAGCUGGAGGGUGGAGACCUUCCUGCCACGGCUGUGGCACUACAGCGGCAGCUGCUCGCUCUUCCUCGACCCCCUGCAGUGGACGGAGGCCUUCCCGGAGGAAACCUAGCACAUACACGCACACACACACACACACACACGCACACACGCGCACACACACACGCGAACAUACAUGCACGUCAGCGCAAGCGCACGCACACACACACACACACACACACACACACACAGACACACCCACCCACAGACACACACAGACUCAUAUCCCCAUACACGGAAGGCUUCCCAGACAAGACCUCGCACAUACUACAGGCACAUACGUUUACUGUGAACACACACAUACACAUACAUACCCCCUACAGUGGACAGAACCCUUCCCGGACAAGACCUCACAGAUACAUGCACACGCUCGCAUACUGUAAAGUACAUAUACACACAUGCACACGCACACACACACACACACACACACACACACACACACACACACACACACACACACACACACACACACACACACACACACACACACACACAUCCCCUACAGUGGACAGAAGACUUCAAGGACAAGACCAAAGAAACUCAAGAGAAAGAACAAUCUCUUGGCGGGGAAUGCAUUGGCCACGGUGUAGUACGGGGGCGUUGCCUGAGGACGCGAGUGGAUGGAAAAUUAACUCCCUUGUGCAUGGUCAUUGGUCAGUGGGUGCGAUGGAUGCCAUUUUCGUACUCCCUUGCACAUGGUCAGUGGGGGCGACACCAUGAUGGAUAAUUUGUGGCCAAGUUACGGCAGCUGUUGGUCAGCAGUAAUUGCUGGGGGAAAUUAAGGACAGCUGACAGACAUUCACGCUGUCCUAUGACCUGUUCCACAGUGAAUAACAUUCCCGUACUCCCCUCGCCAUCAUUUCCUACUACGCUGUUAUGACGUGAGUAAGCCCUCUUGUCUCAAGCCUCUUUGGACAAGACCUAGCACAUACUGUACAUGCACAUACGUUUACUGUGAAACACACACACACACACACCGCUGCAGUCAAAAUGAACCCUUCCCUGAUGCGUACUGUACACACAUAGGACGCUCACACACAUACUGUGAAAGACACAGACAUACAGUACACACACCAUGUAUGGU